AACGCCUCCCGAUAAACACCAGCGCACCCACCACCAAUUCCCCGCCCUCCGGCGGCUUGGCCCACGCCGUCAGCGGGAGUGCCGCCGAAUCGGUGUCGGAUCCCAAACGCUGGUCUCACUUUUUAUAAAACGUAACCGCAGCAGAGAUGGGGGAGGGGUGGCGGUUUUAUUAGGAAGCAAAUUGAAUUGAUGGCACCGGCUCCCAUUAGCUGGACCCGGCGUAGCUGUUGUUGUAGCCAUAGCAUUUGGAGGUAGCCAUAGCAUUCCAUUCCUCCCUCCUCGGUAGAUUCGUCUCGUCGCCGUCCUCCUCCUCCUCCUCCUCCUCCCCCUCCCCCUCCCUGCCCUGACCAGCCCCGCCCUGCAUGGAGCCAGGCGCGCCGUGGCGCGAUCCGCGCCAGGGGUACGCCUACGGGGUCGGAUCGGCGAUGCAGAUGCAGCUGCAGCAGCGGGCCGACGCGGCCGCCGGUGGAGGAGUGCUCAAGAGGAGCCUCGGCGAGCUGGAGAGGUGGCAGCACCACCAGCAGCAGCAGGUGGCGGCGCAGCAGGAGCUGUACCUGCGCACCGUCAGGCAGCGCACGGCGGCGGCGGUCGAUAUCGCCGCCUUGCUGGGAGGGACCCCGGCUCGGCCUCUGGUUCUCCCCGGGUCCAGCUUCGGAGGGGGCCUGGCGUCGCCUUCGUCCACGCUGUCCUCGCUCACCACCGCGUCCAGGGCGGCGGUGCCGCUGAUGCAGCCGCAGCUGCAGCGCCAGGUGCCGCUCAUGACGUCCUCACCGCAGACGCAGGCCUUCGGGUUGUCGAGGGCGCCGCCGCUCCCCCAGCCGGCGUCCUCGAGCGAGCUGUUCAUUUUGCAGGAGCUCGAGAAGCAGCUGCUGGACGACGACGACGACGACGACGAGCCGGUGGCGGCGAUGAGCGGCACCGGUUCCGCGGUCACCAACUCCGAGUGGGAGGAGACGAUACAGCAGUUCAGCUCCAUCGCGGCCGCGGCGAUGAGCGGCACCGGUUCCGCGGUCACCAACUCCGAGUGGGAGGAGACGAUACAGCAGCUCAGCUCCAUCGCGGCCGCGCCGUCGCCCGGGCUCCCUGCAGCGGCGACCCCAAAUAACAACAUCAACAACAACAAUAACGUGGGGAUGACGAGGUCACCUUCAAACUCUUCCUCCUCCACGGCGUCUUCAUCAGCGUCCUGCUCGCCGCCGGCGUCGAGGCAGCUAUUGUCUGAAGCCGCCGUCGCUAUCGCGGACGGCCACCAUGACGCGGCGGCCACCCAUCUGGCCGCCCUGAAGCGCGCGGCCAACCAGCACGGCGACGCGGAACAGCGCCUGAUUGCCAUGAUGGUGGACGCGCUGUCCUCCCGCAUUGGCCGGGCCGCCUCCGCCCCAGCUCAACACCUCGCCGAGCUCUGCAGCGGCGACCAGCGCGCCGGGUCCCAACUCCUCCAGGACAUCUCACCAUGCUUCCGCGUCGCCCUCCACGCCGCCAGCGUCGCCAUCGUCGAAGCGGUGGGCGACCACCGCGCCAUCCACGUCGUCGACUUCGACGUCAGCCUCGCGCAGCACGCGGCUCUCAUCCAGUACCUCGCUGAGCGACGCGUGCAGGGCAGGUCCCUGAAGGUCACCGCCGUCACCGACCCGAGCUCACCGUUCUCGCAGGCUCAAACGGCGUCGCUAACCACCAUCGCGGAGCCGCUGAAGAAGCUCGCGGAGCGAGCUGGCGUGGAGUACCGCUUUAACGUGGUCAGCUGCAGAGCAGCAGACCUGGACGCGUCGAGGCUGUGCUGCGAGCCCGGGGAGGCGGUGGCAGUCAACCUCGCCUUCGCGCUCUCCCACGUGCCCGACGAGAGCGUCUCUCCGGCCAACCCCCGCGACGAGCUGCUCCGCCGCGUGCGCGCGCUGGGGCCACAGGUGGUGACCCUCGUCGAGCAGGAGCUGAACACCAACACGGCCCCGCUGGCGGCGCGCUUCACGGACGCGUGCGCGCACUACGGCGCCAUCCUGGAGUCGCUGGACGCGACGCUAGGGCGGGAGACUAGUGCGGAGAAGGCCAGGGCCGCCGAGGCGGCCCUGUGGAAGAAGGCGGCGAACGCGGUCGGCCGGGAUGGCCCCGACCGACUGGAGCGGUGCGAGGUCUUCGGCAAGUGGCGCGCCAGGUUCGGCAUGGCGGGCUUCCGCCCGGUGUCGCUCGGCUCGGGCAUUGCGGAACAGCUGGUCGGCGCCCGCGUCGGCCUGCUGCCGCCCGCGUUCGCAGUCAAGGCGGAGAACGGCGUGCUCCGGCUCUGUUGGAAGGGGCGCGUGGUGACCGUCGCCUCCGCGUGGCGCUAGACCACCUCCACCACCACCGGGACGGCGGGCGCGCCAUUAUUGCCGUCACUAAAUCGUCAGUUACAUAAUUCGCGCUAUUGCUUUCCUCGUUCUCUUUUUUACCUUGAAUUGGGUGAGGAGUGAUGAGUUUGUCAUUGAUCUGGCAAAAUCCUUCCUAGUUGUAGCGACUCAUAAUUCUUAUAACUGCUCAUAGUAGUAUAAUAUGGAAAAGAGUAAGUUAUAUCGCGAUCUCCAGCUAA